AUGACGGAGAUACUUAAUACGUUCCUUGAAGUAUACCGUUCUACACCUAAUGUAAAUUCACCAAAUGGAGCAUCUCCAGCAGAAGCUUUUAUUGGCAGAAAAAUGAGAACCAUUAUGGACGUAUUGAAGAAGCCGCAACCCCCAUCAGAUGAAAAAAGCGAACAAAUGGAGCUACAAUACAAACGUAAACAAGACCACCGUUAUAAACUCAUCAGAGCACACGUCAACCAACUACGACCAAGAUCAUCGAAUGAUGUUGACUCACAGAUAACAUCUAAUGGAAAGUUACCUCUCGACGUUCUUAUGGAAGAAUUUAAUAUACUUAAUUCAUCAGCGGAAGAAACCUUUUCUACACCUCCAACUACUCCUCCUCCAAACAGUGUUCCUAGACGUAUCACCGCUCGAAGACAACCAGUGGAGACGCAGUCAACUUAA